AUGUCGACUCCACUUCAUGGUGACUGCAUGCACGUCGUUGUGGACCUCUGUGCCACAGAGCUCUUAGUGGCAGGAGGAAUAAAUUCUGAUGAGUGUGAAUAUGUAUCAAGAGAACAGAUAAUAUCAGAGGAGUUGGACGCCAGUACUGUGAAUUCUCUGGAAGAAAUGCCAUUUAUUACUAUAGAUAUAAAAGAUGAUUGUGAAAUCACUGAUGCACCUCAAAUACAUUCGAAGACAGAUGAAGAAAAUGAGUGGAACAGGAAAGAUCAAAUGAAGAAGAAGAAGAAGAAGAAGAAAUAUAAAGAUUAUCAGCCCAACUAUUUUUUAUCCAUUCCAAUCACCAACAAAGAGAUUAUAAAAGGAAUGAAGAUCCUGCAAAAUGAAGUAAUACAACAGGAUAAGCGGUUGGCUCAAGCAAUGGUCGGAGAUGGUUCAUUUCAUAUUACUCUGCUAGUGAUGCAGUUGUUAAAUGAAGAUGAAGUUAAUAUGGGCAUUGAUGCACUUUUGGAGUUAAAACCAUUAAUAGAAGAAAUCCUCCAAGGAGAACAUCUGAUUUUACCUUUUCAAGGAGUUGACACUUUCAGAAAUCAGAUUGGAUUUGUAAAGCUGGCAGAAGGAGAUCACUUAAAGCCUCUUCUGGAGAUAGCAGAGGUGGCAAAACAGACAUUUCAAGCAAAAGGCAUCUUAGCAGGAGAGAGCAGAAGUUUUAAACCUCAUUUGACCUUCAUGAAAUUGUCAAAAGCACCCUGGCUCCAUAAGAAUGGAGUGAAAAGAAUAGACCCUGAAUUCUAUGAAAAAUUUAUCAGUCACAAAUUUGGAGAAGAAAUAUUAUAUCGCAUAGACCUUUGUUCAAUGGAGAAGAAAAAGCAAAGCAAUGGUUAUUAUCAUUGUGAAUCUUCAAUUACCAUUGGUGGAAAGAGCGGUGGUGAGCCCGAUGAUGCCGAACUGGUAAGGCUCAGUAAGAGGCUGGUGGAGAACGCAGUGCUCAAGGCUGUCCAACAGUAUCUGGAAGAAACACAGAACAAAAGCAAGCCGGGGGAUGGGAGCCUUGUGAAGCCCGAAGAAACGGAAAGGAAUGUCAGUGACAGUGACAACAACAGGAAAUGA